AUGAAGAUAGAUUUAACACAACUUCUGGCGAGAAUUCCAUUACUUAUAUCAUAUCCAACUAUCAUCUUAUCAGGCAGUCUGAUUGUGUCUACGUAUGAUGAUAUAAUUGAUUUACAUCUCUUUAAUGACUCGCUCAUGAUAAUAACAGAUUACUUAUUGAGAUUGGUAUUUUUACCCUUACUGUUAUCAUCUAUAUUUAUUGUAAUUGGAUACGCUUUAGGGAUUUUUAGUCUAUUCAGGAAUAAAAACAAUCUUAUACAAAAUGGGUUACCAAUUUACGUUUUCCUCUUGAUAUUAUAUCAAGCAAGUUUCAUUCUAGGAUCAAUUCAAACCACUUGUCUAGGGUUAUUGAGUUUGCACCAAUUAUUAUCAUCCUCUAACAACGGUAAAUCAUAUCAUGGCUCAUCAAUAUUACAAUUACUAAAAUUAUACAUUCCGUUAUCAAUGCUCACUUUGUUGAUGGAAUAUUCGAUAAAAUAUUAUAAUACAAUUCAUACAAUGGAAAUAAUACCAAAAAUUUUAAUAUACUCUAUUAUUAUAAUAGCUCAAUACUCAACCCCUCGUUUAAAAGGUUUUAUUGAGAAAUUAACAGUGGAAAGUGGUCGUAAUGAAGAUGAUACAACAAAAACUACCACUACAGCAUUAGCAUUAGAAAAGCAAAAUAAUCAUUUCAUCAUUUUCUUAUUUGUCAUUGAAGCAAUAUGCUUAAUAAUAAUAUAUUCCAUCACAAAAAUAUUAUAUCCAAACAUUUAUAAUUUACAACCAUUAAUGUUUAUCGUUAAUGUUGGGAGUCUAGCUGUUUUCUUCUUAUCAUUACAUGAUUCAUUAUUAGAGACUGAAAGAGUUACUGAUGAUGAGGAUGAUAUACCCGAAAAACGUGGCUCUGAUUAUAUUUUUGGACCAUUUUUCUCCGUCCCUAAAUAUAUAACUUUCAUUUCAGGUUUGAUAUCAAUUAUUUUAUUAUAUUUAUCCUCAGAUUCGACGCUCUCCCCUUCUCCUUCUUCCUCUACUUCAAUCUUACCUUCGAAUAUUAUGACCUUAUUAUUUGUCAUUGCUUCUGAAUUUGUAUCAUCCUUUUUACCACCAUCCAAUAUAAGGAAGCAUGCAGACACACCUAUUUUAAAUCAUUCAGCACAUUCGCAUGAUCACUCGCAUGAUCAUUCACAUUCUCAUAUAAGUUCUAACAAAGAAGACACUGAACAACAUCAAGAAAUGAAUAUUUUCAGACAAAUGGCGACAAAUAAAGAUACAAGGUCAAUUUUUUCAUUCUUAUUAUUAAACACGACAUUCAUGUUUGUCCAAUUAUUAUAUUCAUUCCGUUCCAAAUCAUUGGGGUUAUUAUCGGAUUCAUUACAUAUGGCAUUAGAUUGUGGUUCAUUAUUAUUAGGCCUAAUCGCAACCAUUCUCUCCAAAAACCCACCAAGUGAUAAAUUCCCCUUCUCAUUGAGUAAUUAUCUAGAAACUUUAUCUGGAUUCACUAAUGGCAUUUUAUUAUUAGGUAUAGUCUGUGGGAUUUUCGUCGAAGCGAUAGGGAGAUUAUUUAAUCCAAUUCCUUUACAUGGUACUAAUGAAUUAUUAGUAGUGGCGACCAUUGGAUUAUUAGUCAAUCUUGUUGGAUUAUUUGCAUUCGAUCAUCAUGACGCUGGUGGUAAUAAUAAUCAUUCCCAUAUUCAAGAUCCUGAAGAUAAAAAUGAUCGUGGAACAAACGAAAAUAUGAGAGGGAUUUUCUUACAUAUCUUAGCAGACACACUAGGAUCAGUCGGAGUCGUGAUUUCCACCUUAUUGAUCAAAUUGACACAUUGGCAUAUUUUCGAUCCAAUUGCAUCCAUUUUCAUUGCCUUUUUAAUCUUAUUAAGUGCCAUCCCACUAUUGAAAUCUACUUCAUCGAACAUGUUAUUGAAAUUAGAUGAUACUAAUCACAAUUUAGUUAAAGAUGCUUUGCAUCAAAUUUCAAUGACUCCCGGUAUAUCAGGGUAUACAACCCCACGAUUUUGGCCAUCACGUAUGAGUUCAAGCGGUCAUUCACAUUCACACGGCCAUUCACAUUCACACGGCCAUUCACAUUCACACGGCCAUUCACAUUCACAUUCACAUAGUAGUAGUCAUUCUGAUCCGAACGAAUGUCGUGAUGAUGAUACUGAUACCCGCACACUACAUAGGCAUACACAGAAGAAACCAACUAAAUUGGAAGGGUAUAUUCAUCUACAAUACGUAGAGGGUGAAAACUCCACGAUCAUCAAGAAAAGAGCAGAAAAGAUAUUUGAGAAUGUUGGGAUACAUGCAUGGAUUCAAGUAGAAUUGAAAAACUCGCCAUGUUGGUGUACGUCAUCUUCAGCAUUAUUAAAUUCUCCACCGGUGACAUUACCCAUCAACAUGGCUGGCAGUAUUGGUAAUACUAACGAAAAUGGUAUUCCUGCACCAUACGCAAAUAAGGGACUGUAA